AUGUUACUUGCAAAUUUAGCUCUAUCAGCUACAGUAAAUAUGAAGAAAUGUCAGUAUGACUUGCCGUCUAUGAAGGAGAUGAUAGACUUGGCAAAGGAGUUUGAUCAACGUGAUCAAAGUGAGAGGGAUUACAGCCUGCAUGCACCUUUCUUCCUUCUUAUGUUACUGUGGCCAAGAGAUCAGCCAGCUCAAGAGUUUGAUAACAGUUUGAUGAAGAAAUCCCUCAAAGAUAUUCGUCAUCGUUGGAGUGAGUCACAAAGGCACUACCAGGAAGAUGAUGGCCGUUCAUCUCUCCACCCACUGUACGGGCGUCAUUUAAAAAGUCAACGAACUCGCAAAAAACCAUUAGUUCAUUUUUUUCUUGGAAGUGGAAGGGGACUGAAAUCUUUGGUUCAUUACAGCAAAAUAACUUUAAAUGCAUUUCGGUUGGAACGGGACCGAGAGCAUAUAUGGGAGACACCGGUGGUUCGAGAUAACCUACUGAAAGUUGAAGGUGUGUCAUCAGAUAAUAACACAAUCACAUUUAAGCACGCAUAUACGGAUGAGUCAAUUAAUAUUCCCCUUGCCUCUUCAAGAAACAGAAACGUUACCAGCCGAGAAGAAGUUGUAUUCUACAUUGGAUUUAGUUGGGGCGGUCCGGUUGCUUAUUACGUAAAGCCAAAACGUAUGUCACAUGUGACAGAACCAGUUGUCAAGAGCCCUGAUGACUGGAGGCCAUCUCCUCCUCCCAUGAGGUCAGCUUCAACCAGGAAGUAUGAAAAGAUUAUGAGUGCAGCAGAAUAUCAUAAGAG